CCAAGGUUAAACCACGAUAUUGCGUAACAUCCAUUACUGAUUCAUAAAUAAAAAAAGAAAAUGUCAUAAUUUUUUGAUAUAUUUUGUUGUGACAAUUUUUAAAGGCAUUUUUUCCAUUUGCUAUUAUUAUAUGAUUAUUUCUUGUUUAUUAUAUCAGAUUUCCAAAAAAAAAACAAUAUGUGAUUUGAAUCACAGAAGAGAAUAUUUGAAUUAAAUAUGUCCCAACAACACAGGCUUAAAGUAAAACCUUGUAGAAGAAGCAGUGGAAGAUCCACUCCUAACUUACUAAAUAGUCAGACUACAGAAUACCAGUCUAAUAAGUUUAAAAAAAGAAAACGUGAGGAGGAUGACGAGGAACAACUUAGUAAUAAGAAGUCCUGCCUUAAUCCCAACUCGCAGAAGCUAGAGGUUUCAAACUCGUCCAACGUUUUAAAUACUAAUAAUAAUAGGGCUCAAAAUAGACUAUCCACACUUCGACAAAAAAUUAAAGGAGAUUUGGAACAAAACAAAGUUUCAUAUAAUUCCAAUCGGACUUUUUGCAGGAAAAAUAGCGAAACCAAAUAUUUGAGUCAGUCAUCAGUUAAAACUAGGACUGAAUGUGUAAAUAACAAGUUUGCUUCACAAAGUAAUUUUGAAAGGGUUGAUGAAAGAAAUAUAGUUAGUGCACCUGAAGACAGGCUUAACACCAAUCUGUAAGUCAAUCUGCAGUCAAUAAUAGACUUAAAAGAUUAAACAGCUCAAAUUGUCCCAGAGUGCCAGAGGUGAAUGUUGUUAGCGAUCUUCGACACAAGCUUAAGGGAGACACAUUGCCUUUAGUUAAUCCAGGUACAAAUGCUAACCAAAAUCAGAAAGCUGAAUCUUCUAGUCACUCUUCAGUUAAUAAUAGACUUAAAUGUAUAAAAACCAAAAGUACAAAUUCCUCAAGGGAACCUAAAGAAAAUAUUCUUAUUAGUGUUAAAGAAUCUAACAGACAAAUAAGCUUAAUUGAGUUUGCUACAAGUAAUAAUAAUGACAGCAUAAAACUGGGUAAUGAAAUUAAAGAAAAAGACUGAAUUUAGUGAUAUUACGUGUGAAGAUGAUUCUAAAUCAACACCUGCCGAAGAGAUUUGUCUACCCAACCAAAAAAACCUCUGUGACUGAGUGGCUCAAUGGAAAUAAAUGCGAAAAAAGAUUUGGAUGUUACUGUAAAUGACUCUUUGUUAGUGAAUUUUGAUGAUACUAUAGUAAAUAAACGUGAACAAACGUGUAACACGAUAGCAGAGGAUUCAAUGGAAUGGGAUUCGGCCACGGAGGAAUCACCAGAGAAAACAAAAAAAGAAAAUGCCAUAUGUAUAGUGACCGACACAAAUGUAUUUAUGCAUUUCUUACAUAAAAUAAAGGAUAUUGUUAAUUUUAAAGUUACAGGUUCUCAAAACGUGAAAGUGUUCAUUCCAUGGAUGGUAAUAACUGAAUUGGAUUACAUUAAAGAUACCUCAAGAGAGGGGAAAAAUGCAGCGCUGAACGCAGCCAAAUACAUAAACCGGUUGUUGGAAGAGAAAAAUCCCAAAGUUUUAGGCCAGCCUGUAGAGGAAGCCGUAAAGCAAGAAGACUAUGGCCUGUCACCGGACGAUAAAAUCUUGAGUAGCUGCGUUCAAGCUUCUAAAAAAUACGAAUCUGUGAUAUUGCUGACGAACGACGUGAAUCUGCGCAACAAGGCUUUGCUGAGCGAGUUGGAGACCAGUUCGCCCCGCGAAAUCCUGCAAAAGUUGCUGUUCAAGCUGAAAAAGAACGUCAAAUCGUUGAAAAUAUCGCAGAAGAUGGCCAGUUUGUGUUCGACAAUCAUUUGUGAAAGGUGCAAGGAAACGUACGGCAAUGUCUGGGACAAGAUGGACAUGCUGCAAGGGGCCCCCUGGAAUUUUAGGGAGUGUCUAAGAAGGAUCAUUAGGUAUUGGAAGAGUGUAUUCAGGGAUCUUAUGUUAAAACAGUGUUUGCCCACGGUAGAAGCUUUGUACAGAUUACUAGAUAGAAAUAAAGAUCACAUCAGUGACGACUCCGAUACCUUCAAUGAAUUCAUGAAACUAGUCCUGGCCAUGCUGGUAUUCCUCAAAGACAUGGAGUACAAGACGCUGGUCCAGAGCACCAUCAACGAAGUUACCGAAAUUGCUGAUAAUUAGUUUGAUUCACGCAAUAUACCUCGAGUUUUAUUUACGUUUUCUAUCUUCCGAGUUUUAUACGUUUGUUAACAAAUAAAGCCAUUUAUUUUC